GAGCCAAUCCAAACACGCCGCCUCAAAUUGCCUAUCCUCUUUGUGGCGGCCAUAUUUACAGAAACAAACUUCAUGUUUAGGCUGAUGGCUUUGCCAAAGCCUUAAUAAAUUUAAAAAAAAAUCAGUCAGAGCAGAAAGCAGAACAGAAGUAUUCUUUGGUCAGAGCGAGUGCAAUAUUUACUGUGUUUGCUACAUACGUAGUUUUCUAAUAAAUUGGUUAAAUAAUUUUUUAUUAAAGAAUUUAAAAUAAAAGUGCGCAUAUUCAGAGACUUGAAAUGGAAGGGAAAGCCACAAAAAUGCCCAAAGUGGCCAAGGUAAAGAAUAAAGCUCCAGCAGAAAUACAAAUAACUGCUGAGCAACUGUUGCGAGAAGCGAAAGAGCGUGAUCUUGAAAUUUUGCCGCCGCCGCCAAAACAGAAGAUCUCCGACCCUGAGGAGUUGAGAGACUAUCAACACCGGAAGAGAAAGGCUUUUGAAGACAAUAUUCGUAAGAAUAGACUGGUUAUAGGCAAUUGGUUAAAAUAUGCUCAAUGGGAAGAGUCACAAAAACAAGUGCAAAGGGCACGCUCCAUCUACGAGAGAGCCUUGGAUGUUGAUCAUAGAAAUGUUACCCUUUGGCUAAAAUACACUGAAAUGGAAAUGAGAAACAGGCAAGUGAACCAUGCUAGGAAUUUAUGGGACAGAGCAGUCACAAUCCUACCAAGGGUGUCCCAAUUUUGGUACAAGUUCACUUACAUGGAGGAAAUGUUGGAAAAUGUACCUGGAGCUCGACAAGUAUUUGAAAGAUGGAUGGAAUGGCAACCAGAUGAACAAGCUUGGCAAACUUACAUCAACUUUGAAUUACGCUACAAAGAAUUAGACAGGGCAAGACAAAUUUAUGAACGAUUUGUCAUGGUCCACCCUGAUGUAAAAAAUUGGAUAAAGUAUGCAAGGUUUGAAGAAAACCAUGGAUUCAUAAAUGGUGCCAGGAAAGUUUUCGAGAGGGCAGUUGAAUUUUUUGGAGAUGAAGAACUUGACGAAAGAUUGUUCAUAGCCUUUGCAAAAUUUGAAGAAAACCAAAAAGAACAUGAUAGGGCUAGAGUUAUAUACAAGUACGCCUUGGAUCACAUUCCUAAAGACAGAAACAAAGAACUCUACAAAGCUUACACUAUUCAUGAGAAAAAGUAUGGAGAUCGGUCAGGUAUUGAAGAUGUUAUUGUCAAUAAAAGAAAGUACAUGUAUGAACAAGAAGUUAUAGAAAAUCCCACAAACUAUGAUGCAUGGUUUGACUACAUAAGACUGGUUGAAAAUGAAGGGAAUGCAGAUGACAUAAGGGACACAUAUGAAAGGGCUAUAGCUAAUGUUCCUCCUUCUAAGGAUAAACAAUUUUGGCGACGUUAUAUUUAUCUGUGGAUAAACUAUGCACUAUAUGAAGAGCUUGAGGCUGAAGACCCUGAGCGCACAAGACAGGUAUACAGAACUUGUUUGGAAUUGAUUCCACACAAAAUAUUUACGUUUUCCAAAAUAUGGUUGAUGUAUGCCCAAUUUGAAAUUAGAUGUAAAAACUUGCAACAAGCUCGAAAAACUUUAGGCAUAGCUUUAGGCAUGUGUCCUCGUGACAAACUUUACAGAGGAUACAUUGACUUAGAAAUCCAACUUAGAGAAUUUGAUAGAUGCAGAAUUCUGUACCAAAAAUUCCUUGAAUAUGGUGCAGAAAAUUGUAUAACAUGGAUUAAGUUUGCUGAGCUAGAAACACUGCUAGGUGAUUCAGACAGAGCUAGAGCAAUAUAUGAAAUAGCUGUGGGUCAACCUAGAUUGGACAUGCCUGAGUUAGUUUGGAAAAGUUAUAUUGACUUUGAAGUUUCACAGGGAGAGACAGAAAAAGCAAGGCAAUUAUAUGAACGGCUUUUAGAAAGAACUGUACAUGUGAAAGUUUGGCUUUCUUAUGCCAAAUUUGAACUCAAUGCUGAAAAUCCUGACAAUAUUAAUGUUGAAUUAGCUAGAAGGGUUUAUGAGAGAGCUAACGACUGUCUCAGAAGUGCUGGAGAAAAGGAAUCAAGAGUACUCUUGUUAGAGGCUUGGAAAGAUUUUGAAACUGAGAUAGGAGAUGAAAUCAAACUUGAAAAGGUGUUGAGUAAAAUGCCAAGAAGAGUUAAAAAGAGACAGAAAAUUGUUAGUGAAGGUGGAAUUGAAGAAGGAUGGGAGGAAGUGUUUGACUACAUAUUUCCCGAGGAUGAGAUGGUUAGGCCUAAUCUCAAACUGCUUGCUGCUGCCAAACAGUGGCGAAAACAAAAAGAGACAAAUGAUGACAGUCAGUCAGAUACACAAAGUGAAAUGGAAUGUCAAAUAGCAAAUCAAAAAGAUAAUGAACCUGAGGAACAGAGUUCCCAAGAUGAAGAUUCUCAAGAGGAAAGUGAGCACCAAGAUACCCAUACACCUCAGACUCAGGAACAAGGUACACCUCCACAAGAAGAAAAUCAAGGUAACAAAUCCGUAAAAAAGAAAAGUGAGCACCAAGAUACCCAUACACCUCAGACUCAGGAACAAGGUACACCUCCACAAGAAGAAAAUCAAGGAAACGAAUCUGAUAGUUCAGACAGUAAUUAA